GCUCUCCAGGGUGAAUGUGACAGGUGUGUGGCAGAAGACACCACAGGAGGUUAUGAUGUCCUUCAAGAGGAGGCCUUCAGAGGAGCCGGACAGGAGCUUCUGGGCCCACGGCUCGCGACAGCAGCAGGAUGGCCUGGAGAACAGAGAGCCACGGAGCCGAGGACAGGGUUCCUCGCUGAGGCGCUCUAGGGCUCUCAGUGACACACCUGGGCAGGACAGCAAACGCUCCCUGCCUGCUCCCAAGGAGGGUCUCAGCUGCCUGACAGAUGAGAGAAGAGGAGCAAGUGGCCGACCAGAAGGAUCUAAGGUCAAGAAAUGUCCCCUAGAUGAAGAGGAUGAAGGAAAAGAUGGCAGAGCCACUGUCACCCCAGCAGCUGAGGAAGAGCACUGUCUGGUAGGGGAAGAGGCAGCAGCUGGCCCAGAUCCAGGUCAGGCCUUCACCUACACCAUCCCUUUUUCUACGUUCCUGGACACCCUGGCAGAAGGGAGCCAGAUGUUGAGCAGAAAGGUGCUGAACAUUCUACAGAAGGCCUUAAUUGCUGUGCAAGACAAAGAAGAGCAAAAGAGGCAGCACCCAACAGGCAGCAAAGAGCCUGUUGUGGCAGAGCCAGCCCAGUCCAUCAAGGCUGAGCAACAAGACAUGGAGCACCCUGUGAAACAGGGUGCUGGCCAGCAGCUGGUAGAAGCAGAGUCAGUCCUGGAGCUGUGCAGGAAGGAAGCAACAGAAGCAGGAACACCUGCAGGACCUACCUUCAGAUCUCCUUCGCCCACAGUCGUCAACGCCCUGGCUCGAGAGAGAAGGACAUCUGUCUUCAAGAGUGCCCCACGGGCUCUGCCCAGCUCCUUCAGUGCAAUGCACAGGAGAGGAGAGUGGGAACAGCAGCAGCCCACAGCCUGUGCACAGGAUCUGCCUCACAGCGCCCAGUGUAGUGAAGUCCUGAGCAAGACUACAGUUGUGAUCCAGGGACUCCAGCAGACAAAAGAGCAGGAGUACCUGGCACACAGCAUGGAUUCACCACUGGCAGUAAGAGCAGCAGGGGCAGUGAGCCUGGCACAUGGCCCACGCAGCCCCACAGCUGAUGGCCUGGCUCAUCUGGACACAGCCCCGGACAUGAGAGACGAGCUCUUGAGCAAAGCUGCAAUUGUGAUUCAGGGAUCUGAGGUACAAAUGAUAGAACAGAGAGACCUGGAACAAGGCACUGGUGGGGAGAUGAGGGUUACAGCCCCAGGAGAAGGGACAGAGAGGCCAGGACAUACCGUGCACAGUGGCCCAGCUGGUGUACCUGUAUUCCUGGAGCACAAUGACUACAUCCAGACUGAGGUGGAUAAGAAGGCCGUGCUUACAGUCCAGAAACCAUUCCAGCAUCCAGACGAGGAACAGGACCAGAAACUCAGCACAGAGGAAUCAACAGGAGCAGAAGGACCUGCAGACUAUGCCCAAAACCUUUCUGCACCUGUAGUCAUCCACACACUAGCUCGGGUGAAAUGGCUGAAGCUUGUCUCACGAGCACUUGGGGUCUGGGGAAUACUGAGGGCUCUGCGCUUAGCGGCUGCUGCCACAGCUGACGCAGGAAAGGAGAAGGAGGAAAAGGAGCAGAAGGAGUUUAUAGCUGAUGCCAGAUAUGUGCUAAACAUAGUUGAACAUAUCAGAACUGUCCAGGAUAAGGCUGCACUUGGGAUGCAUGCAUCCAGCCAGCAGAUUAGGAAACAGCAGUGCAUGGAACACAGUGCGGAUGUGUCAUUAGCAGUGACACCCACUGCAGCUGGGGCAGAGAGGCAAGCACAUGAGAACCACAGUUCCACAGCUGACACUUUGGUAUUUCUGGACUACAAUGACUACAUCCGGACAGAGGUGGUGAAAAAGGCUAUGCUUGUUGUCCAGAAACCAUUCAAAUACCCAGAGGAGCAGCAGGAGCCAAGUGCAGAGAGAUCAACAAUGGCAGAAAGACCUCUAGACUGUGCCCAAAGCCUUCCUGCACCUAUGGUCAUCAACACCCUGGCUCGACAGAGGUGGCUGAGGCUUGUCUGGAGAUCACUGAGAGUUCUGCGCUUAGGGUCAAAGAGAACCUCCAGCACAGAAGAAAAGAAGGAGCUAAAAGCUGAUGCCACAGAUGUGCUAGACACAGCCAAGUGUAUCAGGACAGAUGUCCAGGAGACCACUCCUGGGAUGCAUGCACCCAGCCAGCACACUGUGGAACAGCAGGGCAUGAAGCACAAAGCGAAUGUGUCAUCAGCAGUGACACCCCCAGCAGCAGGGGCAGACAGGCAAACACACAAGACCCACGGUCCUAGAACUGAUGCUCCAGUAUUCCUGGACUACAGUGACUGCAUCCAUACUGAGGUUGUUAAGAAGGCCAUGCUUAUGGUCCAGAAACCAUUUGAAUACCCAGAGGAGGAGCAGGACCAGGAACUCAGCACAGAGGAAUCAAUAGGAGCAGAAGGACCUGCAGACUAUGACCAAAGCCUUCCUGAGGUCAUCAACACACCGGCUCAGCUGAGAUUGCUGAGGCGUGUCUCACAAGCACAGGAGGUCUGGAGAGUACUGAGGGCUCUGCACUUAGGCACCACUGUCACCUCUGACACAGGAAAGGAGAAGGAGAAACAGCUGAUGCCACAAUGUGCCGGCAAGGGCAGCAAAAGCCCAAUAAGCAGAGACAGAGAGCUUGGCACAUGCCCAGCAUAGCAGCAGUGUGGUGACCUUCUCUGCUCUAUCUUCUUCUCUUGUGGGACUGCAAUAGUUAAUAACAUAUGCUAAUAACAUAUAUAUAUAUAGAUAUACAUACA